AUGGCGCAGGGCAUAACGAUACUGGAAAGAACGGCACCUCCCAUAUGGCUGGCGCUGGAAGACGCCUGCCUGACACAGGGAACGGUGGAGGAGGCCCUGUGGGCAAACUUCAACCGUCGCCCAAAAAACCUUGAUAUGUUGCCUCCUACGAAUCUACUGAUCCGUAUCUGGUCACAAGCAGUCCUAAAACUGGGAGUAAACAGUGACCUCAUGUAUGCAGCACCCCUACAGACUUUAACACUUCACACGACAGAUAUGUGCCUCGACACAUGGAUCCGGCAUGGCAUUUCCUAUGUAAACACACUAUUCGGUAAUGCUGCUAUAGUACCUUUCCCAGUACUACAACAGACCUUCACCCUCCCCUCCAGGGAACUGUUCACAUACCUACGCAUAAAGAACAUAUUACAUGAACAGAAACUACACACUGGAAGAAUAUCUCCCAUGUCACGAUUUGCCCUCAAAUGCCAAGGGAAACUAAAGGGUAUCAAAGCCUUGUCUUUCUGCUACACGUCUCUCAUGCACCUAGGAGACAAGGAAUUACCCCCAUACAUGCGCCUCUGGGAGAAGGACUUAAACAUAAAAAUCCACCAAAACACCUGGCAGCUGGCAUUAGAAAGGGUAAAAAAGCCACACACAGUUUGGCCCAUAGAGAAGCGUUCUGUAAACUAA